UUCCCAGCCCCUCAUCCCAAAGUGACCGUAUGGUCUGAUGUUGCUUCUAAAGACUAGAACACAAACCAACUCCUCCUAUAAAAUUCCUCAAGCUGUUGGGUCUUCCACACCGCUGCAACCCGUUCUCACGCCACACCCUGCCUCUCUCUGCAGGAGACUGCUACAUCCAUCAUGGAUGAGCUUCACAUGCAGUCUGCUUACUGCAUCUCAUUCAUGACUUCAUAUCUGGUUGGCUUCAGCAUAGGCUGUGUUUUAGAGUCCAGAGGGCAUGUCUUCCCUCGGUGCAGCGAUGGAGUCACCGUUCUCUCCUCGCUGCUAAUGCUGCCGCCUGCAGGCAAAGCUUUUAACCAAGAGGAAAGCACAACGUCACACGUUUUCACCAUCCACCUUAGCCUUAAGAACUCGGCCCACAAUUCCUUGCUGCCAGUUGUUAUUGCCUUUUAAAAGACCGACUCACCCUUCCUCCCUCCAUCACUCGCUCUGCCGCCCCCCUCCCUCCCUCUCAUUAUCUUCUUCCUCUCUCUCACCUUCGGAUCUCCUGACACACUUGCUCAGACAUGCUGCUGCUGGCGGUGGUGGGACCUACAGGAUGUGUUUCUCUGCUGUGAGAUUUUACCAGACUUGCUGUUCAGUGAUAUUUCUGCUUUGAUGCCAAGCUGCUGCAGCUGCUGCUCAGAGCUACAGCAGACGUCCGGACAUGUUCCGACGCACCAAAAGUUGUCGUUCGAGCAACAGGAAAAGUCUGAUCCUGACCGCCACCUCUCCCACGCUGCCUCGCCCUCACUCCCCCCUGCCUCUCCCGGGACACCUCGCAGGAAGCAGCCCCCUGGACAGCCCCCGAAACUUCUCCCCAAGCAACCCCGCUCACUUCUCCUUCGCCUCCUCCCGAAGAGCGGAUGGGAGGAGAUGGUCUUUAGCUUCUCUGCCUUCAUCUGGAUAUGGCACCAACACCCCCAGCUCAACGUCCUCCAGCUCAUCCCAGGAGCGCCUGCACCAGCUGCCCUCCCAACCCACCAUGGAUGAGCUCCACUUCCUGUCCAAGCACUUCGGCAGCAGCGAGAGCAUCACUGAUGACGACGGGGGGCGCUGCUCCCCCCACAUGCGCCCUCGCUCCCGCAGCCUCAGCCCAGGACGCUCCUCCACCUGCUACGAUAAUGAGAUAGUCAUGAUGAACCACGUGUACAAAGAACGCUUUCCAAAGGCCACGGCCCAGAUGGAGGAGAGGCUGGCUGAGUUCAUCCAAGCCUUCUCACCAGAGAGCGUUCUUCCUCUGGCCGACGGAGUCCUCAGCUUCAUCCACCACCAGCUAGCUGAACUGGCCAGAGACUGCUUGGCCAAAUCCCAGGAAGGCCUCAUCACAUCCGUCUACUUCUUUGAGCUGCAGGAGAAACUGGAGAAGCUGCUUCAUGAUGCCUUUGAGCGUUCUGAGAGCUCUGAGGUAGCCUUCGUCACAGAGCUGGUGAAAAAGCUUCUCAUCAUCAUCUCCCGACCCGCUCGGCUUUUGGAGUGUCUGGAGUUUAACCCAGAGCAGUUUUAUCAUCUCCUGGAGGCGGCGGAGGAUCACGCUAAGGAGGGCCAUCUGAUGAAAACGGACAUUCCCCGUUACAUCAUCAGCCAGCUGGGACUGACCAGAGACCCCAUUGAAGAGAUGGUAAACCUGGACAGCUACGACGGCGAGGGUCCGAUCACGCCUGAGCCAGACGACUCAGCAGAGGGUAAGAUUAGAUCCAUGAAGCCACCAGGAGAAGCAGACUUCCAGACCAUCAAGCUGAUCAGUAAUGGUGCAUAUGGUGCUGUUUACUUGGUUCGUCACCUGGAGACGCACCAGCGGUUUGCCAUGAAGAAAAUCAACAAGCAAAACCUGAUCCUGAGGAACCAGAUCCAGCAGGCCUUUGUGGAAAGAGACAUCCUCACGUUUGCGGAGAAUCCAUUUGUCGUCUCCAUGUUCUGCUCCUUUGAGACCCGGCGGCACCUCUGCAUGGUCAUGGAGUACGUGGAAGGUGGUGACUGUGCCACGCUGCUGAAGAACAUCGGCGCCCUGCCGGUGGAGAUGGCACGCAUGUACUUUGCAGAGACGGUUCUUGCACUGGAGUACCUACACAACUACGGCAUUGUGCACCGUGACCUCAAACCCGACAACCUCCUGAUAACCUCAAUGGGACACAUCAAGCUGACUGACUUUGGUCUGUCUAAAAUUGGUCUAAUGAGUCUGACCACCAACCUGUAUGAAGGACACAUAGAGAAGGACACACGGGAGUUUUUGGAUAAACAGGUGUGUGGGACUCCAGAGUAUAUUGCCCCAGAGGUGAUUCUCCGUCAGGGCUAUGGGAAGCCGGUGGACUGGUGGGCUAUGGGCAUCAUCCUGUACGAGUUUCUUGUGGGUUGUGUUCCAUUCUUCGGAGACACUCCAGAGGAGCUCUUUGGACAGGUCAUUACAGAUGACAUAGUGUGGCCUGAAGGUGAUGAUGCUCUUCCUGUUGAUGCCCAGCAUCUGAUCUCCUCCCUGCUGCAGACAAACCCACUGGUGCGACUGGGCACAGGUGGUGCUUUUGAAGUCAAGCAGCACUCGUUCUUCACAGCGGUGGACUGGAACAGCCUGCUGCGACAGAAAGCAGAGUUCAUUCCUCACCUGGAGUCGGAGGAAGACACCAGUUAUUUUGACACUCGUUCUGAGCGCUACCAUCAUGUGCAGUCGUACGAUGAAGACGACACCAACGACGACGAACCUGCGGAGAUCCAUCGCUUCUCAUCCUGCUCCCCUCGCUUCAGCAAGGUGUACAGCAGUAUGGAACAUUUGUCUCAGCUGGAGCACAAACCUCACACGGUGACGCUACGGGAACACAAAGUCCCCAGAGAUGACCGAGUCAACAAGAGAGAGGGUCUGGGAGGUGUGACCCUCAGAGAUAAAAGCUGGAGGGCAGGUUCUCCGGAGAUGAAGCGCUUUUCCUGCUCUGAGUCCUCCUUCACUGAGAGCGACUCCAGUCCGCCGUCAGGGGCCCGCAGACGCUUCUCUGCCCUGGUGGACACAUACCGCUUCGCCUCCCCUCUUGAGCUGGACUCCGAGUUGUCUGUUUCUGGAAAACAGCCUCCUGUGAAGACCAGGGGGGCUUCCAUGGAAGAUCAAAAAACUUUCCUUAAAGAUGGGAAUGGCAUCUCCACAGCAGAGAAACUUCUGAGACCUGCUGAUGCAUCGUUGCCUCUGCCGGUCAGUGCGAGUCUGGGGCUGCCUGACCCCCAGGGGCCCCGCGGGGCCACCACAGACCUGGUGCUGCGGAGGGUUCGACACCAACAGCUCUCCGUUGACGGAGAAAAACGGAAUUCACGACCUGGAACUAAAGUGACCAAAUCCGCCUCGACCACUGCUCUGUCUGUCAUCAUCCCAGCAGUGGAGCAGCACGGAGUCUCCCCGCUGCCGAGUCCGAUGUCUCCUCACUCCCUCUCCUCCAAUCCCUCCUCUCGAGACUCCUCCCCCAGCCGAGACUUUUGCCCAACGGUGAAUGUCCAGCAUUCCCCAAUCACUAUUCAUCGCUCGGGGAAGAAGUACGGCUUCACCCUGAGAGCGAUCCGGGUCUACAUAGGGGACAGCGAUGUUUACAGCGUGCAUCACAUGGUCUGGCAUGUUGAGGAUGGAGGCCCCGCCCAUGAUGCUGGCCUUAAAGCUGGUGACCUCAUCACUCAUGUAAAUGGGGAGUCAGUCCACGGCCUGGUCCAUACGGAGGUGGUGGAGCUCAUCCUCAAGAGUGGAAACAAAGUCACAGUCACAACUACUCCAUUUGAGAACACUUCCAUAAAAGUGGGCCCCGCACGCAAGUCCAGCUACAAAUCCAAGAUGGCGCGGCGCAGCAAGAGGACGGGAGUCAAGGACGGACAGGAUAAGAAGCGCAGCUCCUUGUUCAGGAAAAUCACAAAGCAGUCCAACUUUCUCCACACCAGCCGCAGCCUCUCCUCUCUGAAUCGUUCCCUGUCCUCGGGAGACAGCCUCCCAGGAUCCCCCACCCACAGCUUGUCCGCGCGCUCUCCCACGCAGAGCUACCGCUCCACACUGGAAUCCUCUUACCUAGGCACAUCCUCCCAGAGCAGCUCCCCAGCGUCCAGCACCCCCAACUCCCCCGCAACGUCUCACCACAUGAGGCCCAGCUCCCUCCACGGUCUGUCCCCCAAACUGCACCGCCAAUACCGCUCGGCACGCUGCAAAUCUGCUGGCAACAUCCCACUGUCCCCUCUGGCCCACACCCCGUCCCCAACCACCUCCUCCCCUCCACCUCUUGCUGGCCACACAGUGGGGAGCUCCAACACCACCCAAACGUUUCCCGCCAAGCUGCAUUCCUCGCCUCCCGUCGCCCGCCCUCGUCCCAAAAGCGCUGAGCCGCCAAGGUCCCCCCUGCUGCAGCGGGUUCAAUCUGCAGAGAAACUGGGAGCGCCCAUCCAGCCUUCCUCCUCUUCCUCGUCAUCGUCACCUUCUCCUCUAACAGGGGGCGUGUCUUUACGUAAGCAUAGCUUGGAGGUGAGCCACGGGGAUUACAGGAGAGAGUCUUUCCACUGUGAACACAGCCUGCAGAGUCUGCUGGAGAUAGAAGGGGAGAAUGGACCUGCUCCACCAUCUCCAUCCACAUCCUCUUCUCCGUCUCCUCCUUUGGGAGCAGACAUAGGAGGCACCAAUCAGGUGAGGAGGCUGGGGAGGCAGGAGUCGCCUCUCAGCAGAGAUGCACUCGUAACGGCAAAAGACAAAGACGUGUCAGCGUCGGACCUCUCUGAGAACACGGUUCCCCCUGCAGAGUCUAAAACUGGUGUCGUGGAAGUGAAUAAACAAUCGUCCGCUGCUGAUGCUAAAAGCGCAGGACGUUCAGCCGCGGCUGAGAUGAAGUCUUGCACUUCACCGACAGAAAAUACUUCCAGUGCUUCAGGUUCUGAGGCAGGAGUGUGCCAGAGAAGAUCUAGCUCUGCUCCGUUCACACUAAAGGGUCUGCAGCAGAGUGCUCCGACUGACUCUGGACCUGCAGCUAAAGCUCGGGAGAUGGCAGAGGACAAGGAGAAAGGUCCUGCAGGCGUGAACAAGGCCAGCACGUGGAAAGCAUCAGCAGCAGAUCAGUCCAAACCCUGCAAAGGCUCUGAUGCUGGAGAGAAAGUGACUGAAAAAACGUCAAAUUCAACAAAAACCAAAGGACCCGCGCCCCCAACCCCAGCCCAGCUCCAAACAGCCAGACACAGAGCAGAGAGACCCACACCCAGCACCCGAAACGCCAGAGAGGAGAAGGCUCACCUGGAGGUCCUGGACGAGAACCCCACGUCCCCCUCCUCAGCCUCACUCCCCUUCAGCAAGUCCCAGUCCGUCUCCCCCGGUGAUAAAACCAGCUUCGUCACUCAGCUGACGAGCGUGGCCAAAACUGUCCUCGGGCCGAUGAAGGGAGCCUCGCAGGAGGGGAGCAAGGUGAAGGACGCCUCAAAGACAGUGGAGGAGAAGAAGGGAGGCUCAGGAGGGAAGACAGACGCGUCAACCGGGGGGGGAGUGCGACGUGGAGGUCAAGGCACUGCUUCAGCCAGCGCUGGCGCCGCACACUCAGAUAAAAGUUGGAGCUCCAAGCAUCACUCGUGAUAAAAACAUCGGUAGCAUCUCGUGACUUCAUAGGGACUCAGAAUACAUGUAGACUAAAUACGUCGUCAUGGAGACAAGUGCGCUAUGUUCAUCACAUGUGUAUAAUGUACAUACAAAUGCAUAAAUCCUAAUGCAUGUCUGACAAUAAAAAUACUAAAUAUUUUAAAAAUAGUUAAGAAAUACCUUGAGAACACUGUGAACAACUUCUGAACGCAACACAAGAACAAGUGGAAUUCUGCUAAAUGAUAAAUGACCCGCACUUGUACAGCGCCUCUCAGCGGAAGGACUCCAAAGCGCUUUACUCUACAGUGUAUCGUUCAUCCAUUCACACACACACUCACACACUGGUGGGGAUGAACUACGAUGUAGCCACAGCUGCCCUGGGGCGCACUGACGGAGGCGCCACCGGUCCCUCCGAGCACCACCAGCAGGCAAGGUGGGUUAAGUGUCUUGCCCAAGGACACAACAGCAGAGUUCUCUGUCCGGAGCCGGGAUCGAACCUGCAACCUUCCGAUUACUGGACAACCCGCUCAACCUGUUGAGCUACUGCUGCCCCUGGGCUAAAGACCCAUUAGUGCACACGCACACGUUAUGCUUACUGUCAUUAAGCGCCUCAAGAUAAAAAUCAUGAGGCGCUUCACAAAAACAAAAAAUUUUGAAUUUUAAAAAGAUUUUUAAAAAUGGUUGAAAGUGUUUAAUGACAAAGAAAAUUAAAAUUGUGAUUAAAAAAUGUAAGGAAAGGGAGUGAGAAAAGGACCAGGAACGAGUUUAUUUACUCAUUUAGCAAAGUGAUCCAAGUCAACCUGGACCUGUGCGAAAACGUGACCGACCUCCAGACGUUUGACUAGAAACAACUCUGAGUCUGCAGCUGGUAGCACUGGUGUGUCACUACGAGAAGGUUGCAGGUUUAAAUCCCAGCUGUGGUGUUUCUGCGUGGAGUUAGCAUGUUCUUCCCAUGCAGGUGUGGGUUUUCUCCUGGUCCUCUGGUUUCUUCCCACAGAACAAACUCUGCAUGCCAGGUUGGUUGGCACCCCCAGUUGUCCCUAGGUGAGUGAGUGUGUGUGUGACUGGUUGACUGUCUCUGAGUGUCCCUGUGAGGGACUGGAGACCUGUCCAGGGUGUCCCCCACCUCUCACCUGAGGACUACAGGAGUUAGACACCAGGUCCAUUUGACCCUACUGGAGGGCCUGUUUAAGGACAAAGGUCAUUCAUGGUUACAGCAGGUGGUCCAGGUCUUGAAGCUCCAGACCAUCACACUACCACCACCAUGUCCGACUGUUGUCUCCAGAUUGAGUGGGGUACACUCCUAUCAGAAUGUUCUCAGAUAAUUUACCCAGAAGUCUUUGUGGUCCCUUUUGCCCCUGGCUCCUUCUUGGCUGUUGAUCAAUGACAUCAUGCCUUAACCAUGUGACUCCUGCAGAGCUGGAGAUGUUCUGGGUUAUUCCGUUCUUCAGGGUGGGACAUGAUGUGUUGCUUUUUGAGAUCUUUUAGCCUACCUCACGACGUCAGACGGGUUCUACUGAAGUGAUUCCUGAUUCUGCAGCUCUGGUAGUGACCGGAUCUGGGCGUGGCUAACGGGACGGCUUUAGAGACUUUUCUGCUGUUUUCCCUCAACGACUGAAAUCAUCAUUGGCUUUAUUUGUUUACUCAGAUUGAGAUUUCUUUGCUGUUUGAAAACAUUUAGGUGUGAAAUAAUGCAAAAACAAGAAAUCGGCAUCAGGGCAGGCUUUGUUUACUUCAAGAGGACAAACAGAUUUUGAUGCAGUGAAGAAUAUAAAAAUGAAACUGGACCAAUAAACCAACAUUUUUGCAGAACUGUAGUAAAUUAGAUUUUCGUUCGUUUGUUUGUUUGUUUGUGUCAGAUCUGUUUAAGGGCUUUUAGAGGGCUUGAAAGGGCAGAUUCAACUAAUUUGGACAGGGACACUAUGCAAUGUGCUGCCAAUGUCGCUGUUUUAUUUGGUGUCAUUAUUACGUUUACAUUGUGAUCUAGACGAGAAAAGGAAAACAAUGGUUCCGUGUCUGCUGGUCGUAGUCAAACGUGCAGUUGUGUGUCGGUAUAUAAAUGUGUGGUGAUGAGGCGAAGUGGCUGAAGAUCUCAUUCGUUCACCUUUUCUAAUUCCACUGAGGUUUGUUGUAGAUUAGAUGUGUUCUCGUUUGGGAAUCCUGUCAAGUUAAUUUUGUAUUUAAAUAUUGGAACAAUAUGCAAUCCAUCAGUGCCCGGCUGUCGGUGAAAUCUAUAAUAGGCCAAGUGUUGUAGAUGUGUGGAGAGUGUCUUAGUGGUGUGGUCUUAUUUGUUGUUGGGGUGUGUAGUUUUGAAGCAUCAAGCAGCAGACCUGUCUUAGUCUGCCACCUAGUGGACAACAUCACACAUGACACCGUGAGUUUUAGGGUCUGAAGAAACAUUCACGUGCAGUUUACCUUCUUUCUAGAAAUCUUUCCAGUAAAUAGUUUAUAAUAAUGAUGCAGAAUUUGUCCAAAAUUGACUCAUUUGUACCAUUUUUUGUUAAAGAGAUUUCAUUUAUCCCUUAUUUAGAUGUUUUAAGUAGGCGUGGACCCAACAGUCCCAAAUGAAACUGCAGUGUUUCUGUGUGUAAUGUGACAAAUUUGCACUUUAUGUGGUGUCAGAUAUUUGUAUUUAUUUCUAUCUGUGUCUUUUUUAUGUUUUUAUAAAUAUUUAAGCUAUUUAUUGAAAAUGUUAACAUGUAUUUAUUAAUUGUCGACAGUACUGGUGACAAAUUUAGGAUCAUCAUUAAAAUAAUACUCAGAUUUUUUUUUUGCAUAUCAGACAACCUGCAUGGCUGACUUUGAUCUGACCUCUCAUUCGCUGAAGUUGUAGGAUAAAAGUGAUGUCACGUCUGUGUUUGUCCAAGUGUUUGACUCUUUUUAUAACAUCGCUGCAUAAUCAUCAGCCACCGUUGUGAAUAAUGUGGGUCAAAGAGGCCAGUAGAGAAGAAAAGGAAUAAAAUGCUCUAAAAAUCA